GGCGCCAGAAUCUCGCGCGGCGCGGCGCGAGCGCAGUGUGCGCGUCAUCUCUUCCUGAGGCUGACAUUACUCUCAGUCGCUCCUCUGUGGAAAAACUCGGCGUCAGUCUGUGUUUGCGGAGAGGAAACUUUCUUCAUUUGACGGCGCGCAGUCGACAAGAUCUGCACCUUUCCCAAGCGCGUACCGCUCCAUCUGUUUGGAUUACUGGCAUCCGCGACUCCAAAAACAUAAUCCGCCAAGCUUUUCGGAAGGUGGAUUUGUGCGUGACAACUGUAUUGAAGUGCGCGCGGCUUCCGGAUCUAUCACUGUUUUUGCUGUAUCUCUCGCACAAGAGCACAGUUUGCGGAUUUUUCUUCUUUACGGCGUUUAACCUCGUGAACUCGCUUUAAAUCGCAAGUUGGUCAUCUUAAAUAUCAGCACCAGCAUGAAGAUCCGUACGUAAGCUGCAUGACAGAUAUGGUUCCAGACCAAGAGUGGAGAUUUUCCCUGAUGAAAGGAGUCGAGCACUCAGCUCGAGUUCACUAGGGUCACUUCCGGAUGAUGACAGUAAACAUGGAUGGCGGUCUCCAAAAUGGACCCGGACAGCACAAGAACUCACAAGAUGAUGAAGAGGCGCUCACCUCCAUAAUGAAGGACCUGGCUGCUUUACGCUUCUGUUACCAGCUCAAGAGCAACAACAGCAACAAGCCCAAGAGCAGAACCCCGUCCUAUAGACAGGAUUUACGGGUGAAGCUGGAGCAUGAGCGAGAGAAACGAAUUAUUCCAUUCCAAAGGCCGCUGAAGUUCAAGGAUCUGCUUCAGAAGGUGACAGAGGCCUUCGGCCAGCAAAUGGACCUAUACUACACUGAUAAAGAGAUGUUGGUGGCUCUGAAGUGUCAGGAGGAUUUGGACAGAGCAGUUCAGGGAUUGAGCUCCAGCUCUGGACUGAACAACCUACUGAGAGUGAUUCUGAAAACACCUCCCAACAACCAAUUCCUUCAGGUGAGCGGCCAAGACAAGCAGAGCGAGAUGAGGUCAUCCAAGUCCCUGGGAGAUCUCAAAGCCUCGGUUCUCAAAGGCUCUGAACGAGCGCGCAAACACUCUACAGGAUCUCUGAACACGGGCCGCUCCUCACCCCCUCCGGGCAGCGUACCAGAAGAACAACAGCAGAUCGCUCGGCAGGGGUCCUACACCAGCAUCCACAGUGAAGGAGAGUUCAUCCCAGAAAUGCUCGACUCCAAUAUCAUGGAGCCGUUUGGGAGUGCGAAUGGGUCACUUUCCAGCAGCUGUCAGUCACUGGACCAAGCACUGGACAGCCCGCCAUUCUCCCAGAACAACCGGGACAACAAUUACAUGAACCUCAACUAUGAAUACAAAGGGUGUCAAGGGAAACACGGGACCUUCCCACGCCAGUUCCACAUGUCCAGUCGCAGUAAAGACUACGGUGAUGGUCGAAGGACCUUCCCUCGAAGCUUUAUGCCUCAAGAGAACAUGUUUCAGCUGGUCCCGUCCAGCCGUACACGCAGCUAUAAUGGAGAAAGCACCUUGCUGUACAGUGGAGAUCUGCGCUCCAUCAGCUGGACUGAGAAAAACAGCCAACGCAACACUCCGAAAUCCCCAAGGGCUCCUGUAAACUGGCGUCAGGGGAAGCUGCUCGGUCGGGGAGCAUUCGGCGAGGUCUUCCUUUGCUACGAUGUUGACACGGGACGCGAGCUGGCAGCCAAGCAGGUGCCCUUUGACCCUGACUCUCAGGAGACCAGCAAGGAAGUCAAUGCACUGGAGUGUGAGAUUCAGCUCUUAAAGAAUCUGCGUCACAACCGUAUAGUUCAGUACUACGGCUGCUUGCGUGAUCCGGUGCAGAAAAAGCUGUCCAUCUUUGUGGAAUUCAUGCCCGGGGGCUCUAUUAAAGACCAGCUGAAGGCUUACGGAGCACUGACAGAAAAAGUCACCCGCAGAUACACCCGACAGAUCCUACAGGGAGUCCACUAUUUGCACAGCAACAUGAUCGUACACAGAGACAUCAAAGGCGCUAACAUUUUGAGGGACUCCUCUGGAAAUGUGAAGCUGGGAGAUUUCGGGGCCAGCAAACGCAUUCAGACUAUCUGCAUGUCCGGGACGGGAAUCAAAUCGGUCACCGGCACCCCCUACUGGAUGAGCCCAGAAGUCAUUAAUGGAGAAGGCUACGGACGCAAAGCAGAUAUUUGGAGUGUUGCCUGCACGGUUGUAGAGAUGCUAACCCAGAAGCCCCCGUGGGCUGAAUAUGAAGCAAUGGCAGCCAUUUUCAAGAUCGCAACCCAGCCGACUAAGCCAAACCUGCCCGAGGGUGUGUCUGACGCAUGCAGGGACUUCCUGCGGCAGAUCUUUGUGGAAGAGAAAUUGCGGCCCACUGCUGAGGGGCUUCUCAGCCACUCUUUUGUCCAAGGCAGCUUCUGAUCCCACAGAUCUUGGAUCUCUCUGGAAUCCCCAGGGAAAACCACACACCUGCCCGCGGACAAUCACCACUCUGCCUUCCAGGGUCCGGAGAAACCCACCAACCAGCCAACUAAGAACAAACGUGACCACAACGAGGGGGUGUGUAUCUCAGAUCUCCCCAACGCAGCUUGAAAAAUAUCAUAAGAGGGAACCUACGGACAGCAAAACCGUGAUAGCAUUUCCUAUAUUGUUAAUCAAAGCCCUGUCCCAAAUGACGCACUUGGCUUGAGACCGCAGGGUGUCCCAUUUCUUAUUUCCUGUGCUACGCACCCCUUUUGCUAAAUGGACCCUUCUCACGUUUUCAGGGUUUCUCAGAAGCAGUUGUUGUCAUAGUUGGGUAAACUUCUACAGCAAAUAUAAUUUUGCGUUCCCGUUCCAAAAGCAAAAGCAAAAAAAUCCAUGAUCGCAUUUUCACAACUUUCCAAAAGAGAAAAAAAAUAUAGUGAGAUUAAUUAUAGCACCCAGAAGAGAGAAUGAUGUCAAAAUGUCAGCAGUGUUAAUUAUUAUUUUGUAAUUUACUGUCAAAGUAAUAUAACACAAAUUAUAGCACUAUAAAUGUAUAAAAAAAAUGAAAA